AUGUCUCAUAGUGAGUUAACAGAUCAGGAGUUGUUAGAAAUAUUACAGAAUAGCGAUUCUGAGGGAGACCUGGAUGGCGACGCCGAAGAAUGGGAAAAUAUCUCUGAAUCCGAUCAAGAAGAUCAACAAGAAGAAAUCCCUACAGAAAGACAGUUUAAACAGUAUAAUUACAUAGAUUUAAAUAUAACAAAACUGCACAGAAAAAAUACACAAAAAGUAAUUCAUUAUAAAAAAAAAAAAUUGACGCCCACUAUUCGUAAUUUUGUCAGCGAUGCUUCAGGUUGCCGCAUUGAUAAUCUGUCCGAUGAUCCUUCAGCCUUGGAAAUAUUUGAGUUCUUUUGUACACGAGACAUAAUGAAAACGAUUGUUGAACAAACUAAUAUAUUCGGUAAUAAUUUACAUACUGAUAUGCCUAUCACAUCACACAUAAAAAAAUAUCAUCCAACCGAUACUGAAGAAACGUUUUUCUUGCCGUUACCUUUCUGUUGUCACAAGUGA